AGCAAUCAUUUAUGCUUCACUUGCGCGUGUUUGAUUAAAUGCAUGUGCUGUACAUAUUUCAGAAAGGUUGCCUGACUGUGAACUUGAGUAUUUUUCAGAUGUGUUCAUGCAGGUAUUCACUGUUGCAUCUCACAUGCUGACCUCUCGUGUCUCUUCCUCCCCCUGCUGCGUCACGCUGGAGGAGGGCGAGAUCUUUAAAUAUGGAACACGGCUCGAGACGAGCGCGACGCGAGCAGCUUUACGCGCAACGUGGAGCGUGUUCCGACGCCACGGGGAGAGUUCGUGAGCCUGUUGCGUUAUGACUGCUGGAGUGACCGAAUGCACUGUAGAUAGUAGAAGCAACAGCGAAUUAUCUCCGGCUCCAGACAAACAGAAGUGAGUCUCUGUAUGUGCUCCUGCAUUUACGCAUCCAGACACGCUGAACUUGGAGCGAAUUCGCACUUGCGCGUCUUUCUGAAGCCUGGACGCACUUUAAUUCAGCGUAAGGAGAAGUUCCAGCUACUUUGAUAGAAGAGGACGCGUGCGGCACGGUCAACAUGAGCGACAAAAACAAAAUGGAGGAUGAAGCCAUAGUGGACAGAGGAGCGUCCUACAUCAAAAAUGUGUGUGAUGAAGAGGUCGAGGGUCAUCACACUGUCUACAUUGGAGUUCAUGUGCCUAAGAGUUACCGUCGCCGUCGACGACACAGACGACGAUCCAAUCACAAAGAGAGGAGAGAGCGACUGAUGGAAAACGCCAGCGACAGAUCAGACACCGAGACUGCAGACGAUCCGUCCUCCAGCAUCCUCAAACCUCUCAUUUCUCCGGCUGCAGAGAGGAUCCGCUUUAUUUUGGGGGAAGAAGACAGCGGUCCUCCUCCGCCGCAGCUCUUCACCGAACUCGACGAGCUUCUGGCCGUCGACGGUCAAGAGAUGGAGUGGAAGGAAACAGCCAGAUGGAUAAAGUUUGAGGAGAAGGUGGAGAAGGGUGGAGAACGGUGGAGUAAACCUCAUGUAGCCACUCUGUCUCUUCACUCACUCUUCCAGCUGAAAAACUGCAUCGAGAAAGGAACAAUCAAGCUGGACAUGGAGGCCAACUCACUUCAGCAGAUCGUCGAAAUGAUCACAGACAGUCAGAUUGAGAGCGGGCAGCUGAAGGCCGAUCUGAAGGAGAUGGUCAUGUACACUCUGCUGCGGAAACAUCGGCACCAGACGAAGAAGUCCAACCUGCGUUCGCUGGCAGACAUCGGCAAAAGCGUGUCGAGCGCGAGUCGUCUGUUCAGCAACCAGGAGAACGCGCGCAGUUCUAUCGAUCACUCUGUGCCUUGCUUUGCCACCCUUGACCCUGACGAGCAAAUUCAGAUGCAGAGAAGCAACAGCAUGGGACUUCUCUGUAGUCCGACCACGGCUCAUCGUAACCUGACCUCCAACAGCCUGAACGAUCUCUCAGACAAACCUGAGAAAGACCAGUUGAAUAAUAAAUUCAUGAAGAAAAUUCCCCGUGAUGCAGAGGCAUCAAAUGUGCUGGUCGGUGAGGUGGACUUUCUGGACGCUCCCUUCGUGGCGUUUGUGCGUCUCCAGCAGGCCGUCAUGUUAGGAGGUCUCACUGAGGUCCCUGUGCCCACACGGUUCCUUUUUAUUCUGCUGGGGCCCAAAGGAAAGGCCAAGUCAUACCGUGAGAUCGGACGUGCCAUCGCCACGCUCAUGUCUGAUGAGGUGUUUCAUGACAUAGCUUAUAAAGCGAAAGACCGCGGAGACCUGCUGGCAGGCAUUGAUGAGUUCCUGGAUGAAGUCAUCGUGCUUCCUCCAGGGGAAUGGGACCCUGACAUCAGGAUCGAACCUCCUAAAUCCAUCCCGUCUGCAGAUAAACGUAAAAACAAUAUUGCCGGAGGGGAAGGUGUUCAGAUGAACGGCGGUGCUCCUCAUGACGGGAGUCCAGCAGGCGGCGGUGGCCACGCGGUCGGUGAUGAACUCAAAUUUACCGGCAAGUUUUGCGGCGGUCUCAUUCUGGACGUCAAGAGGAAGCUCCCGUUUUAUGCGAGUGACUUUUACGACGCUAUCAACAUACAGUCUCUGUCUGCCAUCUUGUUCAUUUACCUGGGAACCGUCACAAACGCCAUCACCUUCGGAGGACUGCUGGGAGACGCCACCGAAAACAUGCAGGGUGUGUUGGAGAGUUUUGUGGGGACGGCGUUGACAGGUGCUGUGUUCUGUCUGUUUGCGGGACAGCCUCUCACUAUCCUGAGCAGCACCGGACCCGUGCUCGUCUUUGAGAGACUGCUCUUCAACUUCAGCAAGGAUAAUGAUUUCGACUAUCUGGAGUUCCGGCUGUGGAUCGGUCUGUGGUCUGCUUUCUUGUGUCUGGUGCUGGUGGCCACAGACGCCAGUUUCCUGGUGCAGUACUUCACCCGCUUCACAGAGGAAGGGUUUUCUGCUCUCAUCAGCUUCAUCUUCAUCUACGACGCCUUUAAGAAGAUGCUCAAACUGGCUCACCAUCAUCCAAUCAACUCAGACUUCAGCAUGGACCUGGUCACACAGUACGGAUGCCACUGCACUCCUCCGGACGGCAACAUUUCAGCUGAGUAUAUGGAGAAAAUGGAGGCUCUGAUGAACAGCACUGGACAGCACCAUCUGAACGCGACCUGGGCCUCUCUGACUCGCUCUGAGUGUUUGGAGUGGGGCGGUCAGCUGCUGGGACCGGCGUGUCAAUUCGUCCCUGAUAUCACACUGAUGUCCUUCAUCCUGUUCUUCGGCACAUACACCUGCUCCAUGGGUCUGAAGAAGUUCAAAACCAGCCAGUUUUUCCCAACUACGGUCCGCAAAAUGAUCAGUGACUUCGCCAUUAUUCUGGCCAUUUUGAUCUUCUGUGUUGUGGAUGCGCUGGUCGGUGUGGAUACACCCAAACUAAUAGUGCCAAGUGAAUUCAAGCCGACGAGUCCAAAUCGUGGUUGGUUUGUUCCUCCGUUUGGAGGAAACCCGUGGUGGGUUUACCUGGCCUCGUUCUUACCUGCUCUUCUGGUCACCAUCCUCGUCUUCAUGGACCAGCAGAUCACGGCGGUCAUCGUCAACCGCAAGGAGCACAAGCUGAAGAAGGGAGCCGGGUAUCACCUGGACCUGUUCUGGGUCGCCAUUCUCUUGAUCGUGUGUUCGUUCAUGGGUCUGCCGUGGUACGUGGCAGCAACCGUCAUCUCCAUCGCACACAUAGACUCCAUCAAGAUGGAAACUGAGACCUCCGCACCCGGGGAACAGCCCAAAUUCCUUGGAGUCAGGGAGCAGAGAGUCACAGGAACAAUGGUGUUUAUUUUGACGGGUCUGUCCGUCCUCAUGGCCCCCAUUCUGAAGUUCAUCCCUAUGCCCGUCCUGUACGGCGUGUUCCUCUACAUGGGUGUUGCUUCUCUCAAUGGUGUCCAGUUUAUGGAUCGUCUCCAGCUCUUGUUGAUGCCUGCAAAACACCAACCAGAUCUGAUCUACCUGAGACACGUACCACUCAGACGGGUUCACUUGUUCACCUUCAUACAGGUGCUGUGUUUGGCUCUGCUGUGGGUGCUGAAGUCAACAGUAGCAGCCAUCAUAUUUCCUGUGAUGAUUCUAGCGUUGGUCGCGGUGAGAAAGGCCAUGGAUUAUGUGUUCUCGCAGCACGAUCUCGGUUACCUGGAUGACGUCAUGCCCGAGAAAGACAAAAAGAAGAAAGAGGAUGAUAAAAAGAAGAAGAAAAAGAAAGGCAGCAUCGACAGCGACAUGAACGACUCGGAUUUUCCAGCCAAUGAGAACAUUCCCAGCAUAAAGAUCUCCAUGGAGGCCAUGGAACAGGAGCCAGUGCUGGGGGAGAAACCCUCAGACCGAAAGCCCAUGUCCCUCCUCACUCCCUACUGAUGGAAAGCACUUUUUCCUUUCCAAGACUGUGUCAAGUCAGGAUUUAAACCCCUUUAAGAAUAUGGUGCCUCAGAUAAGAGUCGAUUUGGACCCCGAGAACAACAAAUUCUUCUGGAAAACUCCAGCCUCCGAAACGUCUCUUUAAACACUCCUGAAACACUUUCACAAAUACACUUUUAGGUCCAGAGGAUUUUUGGUCAGUCAGCAAAAGAAAAAACUUUGCUAGAAUGUUUCUUUUUAAAGUCCAACAAAAAAAAAAAGACGAAUGUUAUUUCUACACUACAACCAAUAGCUCCACAAACAAACUCUUUACCAAAGAAUUUUUUAAAACUUGCUUUAAUAUUUUCGCUCCUUUUGUAUGUCCUUCUGACGUUUUGGUAGCAUUACUGUUGGAAAGUUGAAAAAAAGUAUUUUUAGGUUCUGGGUCCAGACUGAUUUUCUUCUUUUUUUUUUCAA